AUGAGUUUUGUUUACGGGGAGAUUAAAGUUGCUAAAGAAGAAAUUAUCACAUCAUUGGGCGGUAACGAGAAAGCUUACAAGCCUAUUAUAGAUAUCAGAAACAAAAAGAUGAAAGGUCGUCUAGAUUCAAGUUUACAUUUAACGUCUUAUCUUUUGAAUCCAUAUUAUCAUUAUAAGGAUCCACAACUCCAAUAUGAUCCCGAUAUAAUGAAUCUGGUUCUUGAUUUUUUUGAUACAUUACUUUGUGACAAUUUUGAGAUGCAAAGGCAAGUUGUAACAAUUGACUUGCCAAAGUACAAAAAAAAAGUUGAUAGACUUGGUUGUGAUCUUGCAAUUAAAAAUUGUAGGGUGAAUGAUGUCGAGUUUGAUCCGGCUAGUUGGUGGGGAGUAUUUGGUGGCACAACUCCUCAUUUGACAAAGAUUGCAAUGAGGAUUCUUUAUUUGACUAGUAGUUCAUUGGGUUGUGAAAGGAAUUGGAGCACGUUUGAAGGGGUACAUAACAAAAAACGAAAUAGAUUGGAGGCAAGCAAAUUGAACAAUUUGUUCUAUGUUCAAUUCAAUGCUAAUUUAAUGGAAAAAAACCAAAAGUGA